UUGCUAAGUAAACUGGUAAAUCGCGUGGUUUAUAAAGCAUCGCUCGAACUCUUUUGAGGGAACUCGCUGUGUUGCAACGGCGCUAUGUCAAAAUAAUGGGAAGAGUACUGUCUCGGGAGAUGAUCGCUUCUGAUUACAAUUGUCUCUGGAUUGACUCUUGACAAUAUCGCCAAACACAGGAUAUUAGAUCAUUUAAAAUGUUAAAUUACAGAGUGUAUAGACCUGUAUCACGACCCCCAUAAGCAAGAAAUUUCAUUUUUUUUUCUUUUGAUGUGAUAAGUAGACAUCUUAAGGAUUGCAGAAAGGUAUCAUAUGUGGGUUACAUAAAUUAGGUUAAUGUUUCAAUGGCCACUAGAAUUCAAAAUGGCAUAAAAUGUCCCACUUUACCUGAAUUCACCCUAUACCUGUGCAGGACAACAUGACUAUAUGGGCGACCCCCUAAACCAUAUGGGUUGUUUUUGUGCUUCUGUUGGCUUCAUUUUAACUAGUACAGCAUGAGUGUACACAUGAAAUUCUUAUGAAUUCUCUCCUUUGCAGUAUCAAAGCACUGAAAAAUUGUUUCCCUUGACAGAUGGCAGAGAAACGGCAAGAGCGUCCUGAGAGCGAGACACCAAACGGGCGAGGGAAGCAGUAUGUAUGCGGCGGCUGUGCUGGGAUGGUGAACAUCAUGGUCACCUUCCCAGUACAAAAGGUCCUCUUCCGCCAGCAGCUCUAUGGUUUAAACACGACUGAGGCCAUCCGACAGCUGCAGAGGGAUGGUUUGCGGACUCUGUACCGUGGCCUGCUGCCUCCACUUCUGCAGAAGACGACUUCGAUGGCCAUAAUGUUUGGAUUUUCCAACGACAUGUCUCGGCUGCUGUCGCGACCCGGCAGCAGCCCGGGGCUAUUGACCAACAGCAUGGCGGCCGUGUUGGCAGGCACAAUGGAAGCCAGUCUGACCCCCUUUGAGCGAGUACAAACGCUGCUCCAAGACCAGCGGCACCACGUGCGGUUUAACAAUACCUUCCAUACAUUCCGGACCCUGGUGCGGGAAAAUGGUGUUCCUGAGCUGUACCGCGGCCUAGUGCCCAUCCUGCUGCGCAAUGGCCCCAGCAGUGCGCUUUUCCUAGGCCUCCGCGGACCGAUCAGGAACAGCCUGCCUCAGGCCGAGACCUACGCUGGCCAGUUGGCCAGUGAUUUUGUAUCUGGUGGCCUUCUGGGAGCAACACUGGGGUUUUUCUAUUACCCCCUAAACGUACUGAAAGCUCAUAAGCAGUCAAAGGUGGGUGGAGACUUUGAGUCUUCCUGGAAAGUGAUGCGUACCAUCUGGACCGAGCGGGGAGGAAAACUCAGCCAUCUAUACAAAGGGGCACAUCUUAAUUAUCACCGCUCCAUGCUGUCUUGGGGGAUUACAAACGCGGCGUACGAGAUUUUAAUGAAGGUCGUGUGAGCUGCUGGAAAGCCAGGGGAGCCUCUAAUGCCCCCAUCUCAGAAUUCAGGAUUGCUGCUCCACGCAUGAAUAAGGAGGACAUCAUUCCCUGGUCCUUCAUACCAGGAGGCAGAAGACCACACCACAUACUGUUUGAAUGACGACUUAACAGACGUGGCCACCCUGGUUUAAGCUGGAGUCUUUCAUGCCAUAACAGAUGAUGGGUGCAGCACACGUGCUGUACAACAGGAAGUGCAGGGGCAGCAGUAACCAGAAGCCGGGAAAGGCGGCUCAUGACAGUGUGCUCUGACAUGAAAUAACACUGUGCUGUCAAUAAAUUACAGAUGUACUUAUCCA